AUGGCGAGCCACGACGCGCUCUGGGCGAAGCUCUGGGAGCUGGAGCUGCAGCUCGCGGCGUACAAGCUCCUGCACGCCGCGCGGCGCGGGGAGGACGACGACGUGGCUCCGGACGGCGCGCGGGAGGCCGCGGGGACCGGCGCCUGCCGCCGCGGCAGGCAGUACGACGCUUACAUGCGCCGGCGCGACGCCAGGCGCGUGUCCGUCGCCGCGGCGGCCAAGAGCCAGCAGCAGCAGCAGAGGCCGAUCGGCGGCACGCGUGCCGGCGGCAGGCCAGGCCCGCUCACCGUCAAGUGCGCCGCUCGGGACACGCCGCAGGUGAGGAGGACGGUGCCGUCGGGAGUGUCCACCCCGAGGAAGGAGCACGGCGCGCUUCCACUGCCCAGGAGCAGGACGGUGAGCAGCGGCGCGCCGGUGGCGAUGCCGCAGUCGCACCGGAGGCGGAACAGCGUCGGCGGCGACCUGGGCGACUGCGCCACGCCGAGGCCGUUCCUCAGGCGCGGCAGCGGGACCGGCGGCGCGAUCGGGAACCUGCGGUCGCCGAGGGUGCACGACCUCCCCAGCGGCAGCCCGAGCCCGAGGCGGGCGCCGCUGGACCAGUUCGUCCCAAAGGUGACGGCCGGGCGGCACCUCCGGUCCGUGUCGGAGCUGCCGCUCCGCGCGACGUCGGUGGAGUCCCCGAGGUGGGUGGAGACGCCGCGGCCGGACCAGUCACGGGCGAGGAAGCGGUGGGGCGGCCUGGAGAGCCCGCCGCCGGCGAUCUUCUCGGCCCCGGCGGCCAACCCGCACAUGGACCUGGCCAAGGGGCUCCGCAAGCUGCUGAGCUUCGUGAGGAAGGGCAAGAGCGGCGAGCGCCAGCGCGACGGCGGCGGGCGUGAAUCCGGCGACGGGAAGCCCGUGAAGGAGUGGACAGCUUGCUCCGUCCUUGAUGGCCCGUUCGAACGUGCGAGCCUGGAGGGGCACCGGUUCCCCCUGCCCAUGACACGGGCAGUCGGCACCUCCGGAUGAGGCGUGUGGGCUGGCAUGGCACGUAAACCGUGAUGCUCAUUAGAUACGCCCUCUGCGUUCCUCGUGGUCGUGGGGAUGCUUCGUCCACGUACGGCCAUGCUUUCGUAGCUUUGUAUUGCGCUCCAUGAAUUAACCUGUAGAUACCAGCUUCAGCUUGUGUGUUCCGGUUGUUUGAGAGAUGUGUCGCGAGUGAAACAUGCUUUUCGAUCGCAAUUUUCUCGCUCAUCCAGCAAGUCAUCAAUCAGGUUGAAGCCGAGGGUUUCUGGUCAAAUCUACAUGUUUACACGA